AUGGACGGCGCAGAUAUCAUCAUGAACGCCCCCGAUUCAGACGGUUCUGGUUCAGGCGAUGAGUACAGUUCGCCCCCGGCCUACAUUGUGCGAUCAGCCUCCGAUCUCGACGAGCUCGAGGGCCAGCCAACGCCUACCGCAACAUCGCCGCAGUCUCUUGCUAAUUCAGUGGGACCUCUGUCUUCUGGAUAUGCGUCAACAUGGUCACCGCGCCCGCCGGGGCGGCCUCGUGGAAGCAGUCUGGUGAACACUCCGGCGUUUGAAAAUUUGACUCUCGCCGAUGGAGUCCCUGGGCCCGACCGAGACCUGAGGCUCCAACGUCCGUCGGGCCCUGCAAGGACGCCAUCAAACACAUACGCCCCUCAGCGACGGCCACCGCACUUCAUCAAUCUCCAAAAUGACGGCCGUCGUUCGUCGUCCACGAAACGUAAUGCCCGCCGCGACCCCAACGCUCAAUACCGCGCCCAGGAAAAGGCCUAUGUGCAACGAUUACGCGCGAACCCGCAGGCUUGGUAUCAGCAGUUUGGCGACUUCCAGGCCAUGAACACCAUCGACGCCGACGUGGAUGACCCUUCGCCGUCUUCAGAAAUUCCUUUCGAAGAUGACCAGUACGAUCCUGACAUCCAACUCUUUCUUGCAGAGAACGACAAUCAGCCGACGCUCGAGGAGCUGAAGAACCCCAAAAACCAGGAACGUCUGGAAUGGCAUGCUAUGUUGGCAUCUGUUCUGAAGGGUGAUGUUGUCAGACAGGAGAAGCAGAGAUUGAUGGGGUCGACGGAAACAGGGCGUUCGCCUGCCAUGAAUAGCGAGAUUUGGUUAGGUGUGCGAGCAAAAACGUGCGGCAGGAGCAUUCUACUGCAGAAGAAACUUAUUCAAGAUGCUCGCGCAGACUUGGGCCCUAUCAUCGAAGAUAUCAUCAACUUUGAGAUCAAAGGUGAAAAGGAAAUAGGAAAGCCUGCUAUCGAACAGGUUGAGGACAUUGUUGCCAAAAUCAGUCAUUGCGAAUAUCUCUAUCCUACAAGAAAAGACAUGGAGACUGCCAAUCCCAGAGCCGCUUCCGACCAAUUUCACGAAAGCUGCGAGGCUGUUUGCGCCUGGCACAAUACCACGCAACUGAUCAAUACAGAGUUGGCUAUCUUGCAAAACUGGGUUGGCAACGAUGAAUUGGAUUUCACUAAGCCGCGAAAUAGAAUGACCAGCGCUAAUCUCUCUGAUGAUGGAUCAUUUUUGGAUCGGAUCAUGAAGGAAGACGGACUGAAAACGUUACAAGGCGAGCAUAAUAUGAUCAUCGACAUUGGCGAGGUAAUCAACAAAGCUAAAAGUACGCUUAUUGAGAAUGCGGAAGCAUUUUCAAAGCGCCAUCUGCCUCCAUAUAUCGAAGAGCUGCUUACUCUUAUCAAUUUCCCGUCUCGACUCAUACAAGAGAUCAUUCGUGUCCGCCUCUCAUAUGCAAGGAAGAUGAAAGACCCGGCUCAGCAGUCACCGAUCUUGGUGGAUCAAAUGAUAUCGCAAUUUCAGAUCAUGAUGAAGGUAGCAGUGGAGAUUAAACAUCGUUACCUCGUCAUCUCAAAGCCCGAGCCAGGCUGGGAUCUUCCGCCAUGUAUCGACGAGAACUUUGAUGCCGUUGUGGUAGAUGCCAUGAAAUAUUACUUCCGACUCCUCAAUUGGAAACUCAAUGCCAAUAAAAAUACCUUCAAAGAAGCUGAGAUCCUGGAACAAGAGUGGGACUUCUCAAACGAGAUUGGUCGUCAGCUCCAGAGUGGUGAUAUUGAAGUCGCAGAACAGUUCAGUGCGUUGACAGCAAAGUCUCUUCAACGAUUGAUGAUACAUUUCGAGCGGGAACUUUCGCCGCGUGCAGACGAGGAUCCUGCCGACAUGGAUAAGCGCUACAAGAGCAGUCUGGAUUCGACCCGUGUUCGCCAACGGAAGCUUUAUCGAUUCUCUCGCUUUCUCCGACAGUUGUUCGAAAAUGCAACCGAGUACAACCUUGGUGGAGACAUAUCUGACGACUUCUUUGAGGCCCUUUUGAUUUCCGAUCAUUUCCUUAUCACUUCGAAUGACUCCGUUGGACAGAAAGGUGUCUAUCUGAUCGCUCACCACGCCCUUUGGAACCAGCCUGUUGAUAUUCAAUCGAUACUGGGUACAUCGUUUCGGGAGGAGGAUGACCCCAAAGAUUCUUCUUACUUCCCAUAUAUCCUUGUUAUACGCCCGGAGCGUCAGCUUCACUGGAUCGGCAAGGUCAUGGAAGUGGAAGGAUUGGAGCAACCAACUGAUGUUCGACCAGGGAAGUUGCGACUUGUUGCGGAUGGGACGCAGCAGCGACUUGUCAGUGCGCGAGCUGAGCUGGCCCAGUUGACUAACAUAAAGCUCGAUAUCGCUAUAGAGCACCGCGCCAAUCUAGGACGAGUCAAUGCCGAGUUGAACAAGAUAAAGAAGAUUUCUUUCAAGCUAUCCAUGACGAUCAUGGACAGUGUAGCCGUGAUUCGCCAGCAGCUCAGAGAAAAGGGCAUUGAGAAUAGCGAGCUCAUUCAGGCUUGCUAUGCAUUUGCGACAGAAUUUGGGAAACGUUCGUCUAGCUAUGUGGACGCCAACAGACGAGCUAUGAAUAGUGCGCGGUUAGUGGAGCUAUCUCUCGAAUGGGUUUCAUUCAUCUGUGAUGAUUGUGAUGCAUCGGAUAGAAGAACAUUCAAGUGGGCAGUGGCUGCCUUGGAGUUCGCCAUGGCAAUCACAUCAAGUAACCAUCUCCUGUCUAUGGACGACGCGCAAUAUUCGCAACUUAGAGUCAAAGUCGCAGGCUGUAUGUCAGUCCUCAUCUCUCACUUUGACAUCAUGGGCGCUAGAUCAACACUGGCAGCUCAGGCCGAGAAUAAACGCCUGGAUGAGACACGCGGUGGUAUGAUGAGAUAUGGCGGUGGAGGCAGAAUCCUUAGUGACGAAGAAGCGGCCAAAUUAGUCCGAGAACAGCACCUUGCACAUAUUGCCACGCUCGAAGAUUUGCGAGAUGCCAAACGGCAGGCAGUGGGCAAGGUUCUGGAAGGCUCAAAUGAGGCCGAUCGUUCACUUACAGCUCUGUCCUCGUCCGCAACCAAUGUCUCACUUCCAUGGCAGCAAGGUCAGUUCAUCGGCGGUGGAACGUUUGGCUCUGUAUACGUUGGCAUCAAUCUCGACAGCAACUAUCUUAUGGCUGUUAAAGAAAUUCGCCUCCAGGAUCCUCAGCUCAUCCCUGUGAUCGCGCAGCAGAUCCGAGAUGAAAUGGGUGUCCUUGAAGUCCUCGACCACCCCAAUAUUGUCUCUUAUUAUGGUAUUGAGGUGCAUCGUGACAAGGUCUACAUUUUUAUGGAAUACUGCUCUGGGGGGUCCCUAGCGGGAUUACUGGAGCACGGCCGUAUUGAGGAUGAGACAUUUAUAAUGGUUUAUGCCCUUCAGCUUUUGGAAGGCUUGGCCUACUUACACCAAGUCGGCAUCAUCCACCGUGACAUUAAGCCUGAGAAUAUCUUACUGGACCACAAUGGAGUCAUCAAAUAUGUCGACUUUGGCGCUGCCAAGAUCAUCGCGCGUCAGGGCAAGACGGUAGCAAACACAGAUGCCUUCACGAACGCGGUCGGUGGUCAUAAGGAUGGACUCGGCGCCAAAGAAGCUCAACGCAAGAACCAAAAGACCAUGACCGGCACACCCAUGUACAUGUCUCCCGAAGUGAUUCGAGGCGACACGUCCAGCCUAGUCGACCGUCAAGGCGCCAUCGAUAUCUGGUCGCUUGGAUGCGUGAUAUUGGAAAUGGCAACGGGCCGACGUCCAUGGUCAUCCCUCGACAACGAAUGGGCGAUAAUGUACAAUAUCGCGCAGGGAAAUCAACCUCAACUUCCAAGCCGCGAGCAACUCAGUGACUUGGGUGUUGAUUUCCUGCGCCGCUGCUUUGAGCGCGAUCCCUUGAAGAGACCUACCGCGGCAGAACUGUUGCAGCACGAAUGGAUUGUGUCCAUCAGGAACCAGGUUGUCGUCGAGCCGCAGACACCUAGCAGUGAAGCUGGAAGUGUUUCUACAAGUAACUCGAGUUCUAGUAGCAGGCACAACUCGAGUCCGUACCUGUAG